AUGGCACCGCAAAAGCUCAAUGUUCUGGUGUACACAGGCACUGGAUCAACGCUUGAAUCUGUUCGCCACUGCAUCUACUCCCUGCGUCGGUUGCUGGGUCCUAACUACGCCGUGAACCCCAUCGCCGAGUCUGCACUUCUCAAGGAGCCCUGGGCUCCAACUUGUUCGCUUCUUGUCUUCCCAGGAGGCGCCGACCUCGGAUACUGCCGUGUCCUAAACGGUACCGGCAACCGCAACAUCACCCAAUUUGUCCGUCUCGGAGGAGCUUUCCUGGGCUUCUGCGCCGGUGGCUACUAUGGAUCUCGUCGCUGCGAGUUUGAGGUUGGGAACCCCGAACUGGAAGUUGUAGGUAGCCGGGAGCUUGGCUUCUUCCCCGGUACGUGCCGCGGCGGCGCCUUCAAGGGGUUCGAAUACCACAGUGAGCGUGGUGCAAGGGCUGCCAAGAUCACUGUAUCGAAGCAGGCCUUCCCUGAGUUGGCAUCACUCCCCGACGCGUUUCAGUGCUACUACAACGGCGGCGGAGUGUACGUGGAUGCCGACAAACUCACGGGCGGCUCUAGCAAGGUUCAAGUGCUCGCUGAGUACGCCGAGGAUCUUGCCGUUGAGUCUGGCGCUGCCAAAGCCGCAAUAGUGUACUGCAAAGUAGGCGAAGGCUCCGCGAUUCUUACCGGUCCCCACCCAGAGUUUGAUGCAGUCAAUCUCAGUCAACAGUCCGAUGUCCCGGGCUACGAAGAUCUCAUCGAGGCGUUGAAGGCAGACGAGGAAGCUAGAACCUCUUUUCUGAGAGCCUGUCUCACAAAACUCGGCCUCGAAGUCAGCCAGGGAGCAUCGCCCGUGCCCAGCUUGUCCAAAAUCCACCUCUCUGCCCUAAAACACACCGACGUCGGCGAGACUCUAUCCUCAUUUGAGGAGAUCAUCACUCGAAACGGCGGUGAAGAGUACAUCAAAGGGGGCAAUGAUCUGUUCCAUCUCGAGAAGCCGGAUUCCAGGUGGUCUUUGGCCUCUCUCGGCGAAGCCUUGUUGAGCGAAAUUGACGGGUCGAAGAAGAAGACCGGUCGGACCUCGCCAGACCCCACGGCUGACUACAGCCACGUCCCUAAGCGCAUCGUGUCUCACGAAGAGGCCUGGCCGGAACCGAAAGAAACGCCCUACUUCAACCACUCAGUCUUCUACUCGAGCCUUCGGGAGUUUAGAGCGAACGAGGCCGAAGCCGAAACAUGGGGUGAUGUAUUCAUUGAUCUAACAAGGUUCAGAAACCAUCACCUUCUCUCAAAGCUGCCCACAGGCUUCACCCUCGCCGCAACAACUCAAGUAGCCGGCCGCGGCCGAGGCGGCAACGUCUGGGUCGCGCCCCCUGGUUCUCUGAUCAUGUCCACCGUCAUCAACCACCCCGCCCACUACGCGGCAUCUCGGCCCAUCGUCUUCAUUCAGUACCUUGCCGCCAUCGCCAUUGUCGAGGCGGUCAAGUCCUACGACGAGGGCUACGCCGACGUGCCCAUCAAGAUCAAGUGGCCCAACGACGUCUACGUUAGAGACCCCAAGAAGCCAAACGAAGUCUCGUACGUCAAGAUCGCCGGCAUCCUGGCAAACUGCGCCUACUCGUCAGGAAGCUACCAGGUCGUCCUCGGCAUCGGAAUCAACACCAACAACGCCCGGCCCACCACCAGCCUCGACGCCCUCCUACCCCUACUCGAAAGCAGCAAAAAGCUCGAGCCCUUCCGCAUCGAGCGGCUGCUCGCACGGAUCCUGACCCGCCUCGAGGCCCUGUACGGCGCCUUCUGCCGCGACGGCUUCUCGCGCGAGCUGGAGCGCAAGUACUACCAGCACUGGCUGCACGCCAACCAGAUCGUCACGCUCGAGGCCGAGGGCGGGGCCAGGGCGCGCGUCGUCGGCAUCACGAGGGACUGGGGCCAGUUGAUGGCCGAGGAGGUGGCCGACAAUGGCAUCAAUGGUGCCCUGCGCGCGACGGGCAGGGUGUGGGCGCUGCAGAGCGACGAGAACAGCUUUGACUUUUGGCGAGGCCUCGUUAAGAGGAAGAUCUGA